AUGCCCCAGAACGAGCAUAUUGAGUUACACCGCAAGCGGCAUGGCUACCGCCUGGACCAUCAUGAAAAGAAAAGGAAGAAGGAGAGCCGAGAGGCUCACGAGCGGUCGCACAAAGCCAGAAAGUUGAUCGGUUUGAAGGCCAAACUCUACCACAAGCAAAGACAUGCAGAGAAGAUCCAGAUGAAGAAAACCAUCAAGAUGCAUGAACAGAGAAAGACCAGGCAGAAGGAUGAUGACAAGACCCCAGAGGGAGCAGUCCCAGCAUACCUGUUGGACAGAGAAGGCCAGUCGCGUGCUAAAGUCCUUUCCAACAUGAUCAAACAGAAGAGGAAAGAGAAGGCUGGAAAAUGGGAGGUGCCCCUGCCAAAGGUCCGAGCCCAAGGAGAGACAGAAGUCCUUAAAGUCAUCAAAACUGGAAAGAGGCAAAAGAAAGCCUGGAAGAGGAUGGUCACCAAAGUUUGCUUUGUUGGCGACGGCUUCACCCGUAAACCUCCGAAAUAUGAGCGUUUCAUCAGACCCAUGGGUUUACGGUUCAAGAAAGCUCACGUCACACAUCCUGAGCUAAAAGCAACAUUCUGCCUUCCCAUCCUGGGAGUGAAGAAGAACCCUUCCUCCCCCCUCUACACGUCUCUGGGAGUCAUCACAAAAGGAACAGUGGUCGAGGUUAAUGUCAGCGAGCUGGGCCUGGUUACACAGGGAGGAAAAGUUAUCUGGGGAAAAUAUGCCCAGAGUGUGGACACAUCAGACCCAACAGCAGUGGCUUUGCUUUCACCGGACUGCCAGGAAGAACGUGAAGCUGCGCUCGGGACGUUUUUGUAA